AUAGGAAGUGUAGUCUUCCUAAGCACUUAAUCAAAGGCGACAUUAUUUUGCCUUUGAGGUAACACAGCGGCAAGUUAUUUCGCCUUAAAGAAGUCAUAUUUCAGAUUUGUUUUAAUAAAAGCAUGAGAAGAGUAACGUUCUUUGUUAAUGGAACCUCAAAAAAUGGAAAGGUUGUAGCUGUGUAUGGAACUCUGUCAGAUUUAUUAUCUCUUGCGAGUAAUAAGUUGGGAAUCAGAGCUUGUAGUUUGUACAACAGCAAAGGUGGGCUCAUCGAUGACAUUGCACUUAUCAGAGAUGAUGACGUCUUGUAUGUCUCAGAAGGGGAUGCUUUUGUGGAUCCUCAGAAUGCCUCCAAGGCCUCCGAUGACUCCUGCUCAGGGGCUCACACUGAUUGGUUGACCCUCAAUAUCGGUGGACGUCUUUUCACCACAACACGGAGCACUUUAGUUAGUAAGGAACCUGACAGUAUGUUGGCCCAUAUGUUCAGGGAGAAAGAUGUGUGGGGUAACAAGCAGGAUGAGCGUGGAGCUUACCUGAUUGAUCGAAGCCCUGAGUACUUUGAGCCCAUUCUGAACUACCUGCGGCAUGGACAGCUGAUCGUUAAUGAUGGAAUCAAUCUCCUAGGUGUGCUGGAGGAAGCCCGGUUCUUUGGGAUUGAACAACUUGCUGAGCAGCUUGAAGUAGCCAUAAAGAAUACCCAUCCUCCUGAAGACCACUCUCCGAUCUCUCGCAAAGAGUUUGUACGCUUCUUGCUGGCCACCCCGACCAAAUCAGAGCUUCGUUGCCAGGGUCUGAACUUCAGUGGGGCGGACCUCUCUCGGCUGGACCUGCGAUACAUCAACUUCAAAAUGGCCAACCUGAGCCGCUGCAAUCUCACCCACGCCAACCUGUGCUGCUCAAACCUGGAGAGAGCCGACCUCUCCGGGGCCAACCUAGAUGGUGCUAACUUGCAAGGUGUCAAAAUGCUUUGCACAAAUGCUGAAGGAGCAUCUCUAAAGGGAUGCAAUUUUGAAGACCCCUCUGGACUCAAGGCAAACUUAGAAGGUGCCAACCUGAAAGGUGUGGAUAUGGAAGGCAGUCAGAUGACUGGUAUCAACCUCCGUGUGGCCACACUAAAGAAUGCCAAACUGAAGAACUGCAAUCUGAGGGGCGCCACCUUGGCUGGUACUGAUCUCGAGAACUGCGACCUGUCAGGCUGUGACCUGCAGGAGGCAAACCUCAGAGGCUCCAAUGUCAAGGGCGCCAUUUUUGAAGAGAUGCUGACUCCGCUGCACAUGUCUCAGAGUGUGAGAUAACUCUUGCACCACACGAAACAUUCCAUUCAGAUUCGGAGGAGGAGUGGUGAAGAAGUUGGGGUGAGGGGUUCUUGGCAUGGCGCUCAGUGCGCCAGUGGAGCACACACUACACCCCUCCAACCCCCUAGUUCACCCCAGCCCACCCCCAUGUUCCGUUAGAUGCCCUGGAAAACAUAUGCAAUACUGGCGGAUAGCAGCCGUUAUCUCCUAAUCCCCAAUCCCUCGUCCUUGCUUCACUUUAUUCUCCUGCACUAGUGCACAACCAGGGUGCUUAUCUUUUACUUUUCAAGAGCAACCUGCGAGCUAGUGCAGAGUGUCUUGUUUUUCACCUUGUCCCAUUAUUUAUUUCUUGACAUAUAGCUGGAAUGACUGCCUGGACUUACUGUUGUUUUGUGUUAGACAUUGCUCAUUCUGGUUUGUGGGGGUGUUUGUAUACACCCACCAUUUUUUUUUUUUUUUUUUUAAAUGUUGCUGUUCAUUUCAAGAUGAUGUUAUACCAAAAAAAAGACAUUACAGUUGUGUGAGUAGACAAAGAGCUCUAGACAAUUCAAAGAUGACGAUGACCGUAAAAGAUUUCAGUGAGUUUGCGUCAAAACCAUGGCUAUGCUAAAUAUUUUUGGGGGUGUUUAGUUGUUCUCCAGCUCUGCAGUAGCUCAGGGGCUAACAUAGACCGUUUUUUAAUCGAGAGAUAGCCUGCACUUCUCUAUGGACUGUAGUUUUAGGGUGUCGAUGGCCAGGCACUGUGCUUGCUGCGCAAUAAUAACAAUAAGAAUAAUAAUACCCAGAAGAUUUCAGGUUAAGAUUAAAGCCAUAAUAUAUAAAGCAUGUUUUCAAAUGGCAAAAAAACAUCUAAUCACGUUAUGCUAAGUCUGUUUCCCCAGCUUAGUGCAGUCCCACUGUUCUUAUGUACUCAUUGGUUUUGAGUAUACAAUUUCAAGUAGCUGCCACGAAUACUGUCCACUCGUAGCCUAGAUGUUCAGUGUUUCCGUUUUCAGCCAUGUCUUGUGAGUGUAUAUGAUGUGAUGGAAGCUAGUGGAUUGUUCUAUGAGGGUUCCCCACGGAUCUACUUCCCUCUCUGUUGGGACUUUGAGAAGGCUUUUUCUCAGUGGUUGGCUGCUCGGUCGAUUGUAUGGAAGAAUGUCUCUUGUUGCAUUUGAAUGAAGCCGUUGCAAUGACAUUUGUUUUUUGUGUAUGUGUGCGAAAUGAAGACAAACCAAAUGGUUGGAUCGCGUGGGCUGUCCUUGGGUGAGAGUGCAGUUGUCCAACAACACUCAUCAUAAGGGUGAUGCCUACAGACACCAAUAGUAUGAACAUAUCUUUAAUUUGUAUAUUUCUAUAUCAAUGCUUUCCACCAAAAAUAUUGUAUCCGUUUUAAUUAUCUCCCUUUUUUUGUGUAAUUUUGACAUUUUUCCCUUCACAAGUUUUUUUUGUUUGUUUUGAUUUAUUAGAGCAAUUACCAUUGUACCACUGUGCUUCUUACACCAAAAAUGUUAUCACGGUUCCUAAGUUGUAUCCUAUUUUCAGUGGAAUCCUUCUUCAUUAGCCUGGGUCAGAUUCUGCUCGAGACUUCAGCCAAAGCCAACCUCUGUGCUUGUACCCGAGUGGGUAUGGGGAAAGCAGAGUGUUCCAGAAAAUCAGUCUCCUAUUCAGCAGCUACACACACAUCUCAGGAGCUACAGUAACACAGUAGAUAUUGGACUGCUUUCGGCUGUACCGACGACAGAACUCCCAAGGCAAUGAUUCUUACGAGACUGUUAUCUUGGGUUAGCACUAUUCGAUUCCAUCGUUGCUUGAUUGCCCUAUAAGGUGUUUUUAUGUUUAUUAUUUUUUAUUAAUAUUAUUAUUAUUGUCAAUCAUUAGUAUUCACAUAUAUCCUGUCCUGAACAUGUAUGACCAGAAAUAGGAACUUAACCUUGUCAGUAUUGUCACUUGUCAAAGAAUUUCUCCCAAGAAGUUGCUGUGAGCAUUUGGGAUCAUGUACGUGUUUUGCAUUGUUGUUGUUACUCUGUCAGUAGUAGUAUAGUUAUUGUUAUAGGUACUUAGUCUAUCCUGAUGAAGGCAAUCACAUAGAACUUUGCACUCGGAGGGCAUCGUUCUAUAAACAUCAGACCCACACAAUAAGGGGAGAUGCUAUUUAUUUUAUUAUGUAUCAGAAUAUAUUUAUCUGAGGUGGAGAAAGGUAUACUUAGACAAAGUAGAUUUGGUUCUCUUUGUGACUUAAUCCUGCUCAACAGUUAUUGCACUCAUUCAACCAAGGAAGCAUAUCUCCAUAAAAGGACUGUGAGAAUUAAA